CCCCCUGGGCUCUUCUUUCUCUGCGCAGCCUGAGUCUGGAAGGGAGGCUAGGGCUCCUGUCUGUCUCUCGGCGGGGGACGAAGGAAGAAGCAUCCAAGAGAAUGGCAGCUUUGAACUGGAAACCCUUUGUGUAUGGAGGCCUAGCUUCAGUCACUGCAGAAUGUGGUACUUUUCCAAUUGAUCUGACAAAAACACGUCUCCAGGUACAAGGUCAAAAAAAUGAUGUAAAGCAUAAAGAGAUUCGUUACCGUGGAAUGAUUCAUGCAUUAGUGAAGAUAUUCAGGGAAGAAGGACUGAAAGCAUUAUAUUCUGGAAUUGCCCCUGCUAUGCUACGCCAGGCUUCAUAUGGAACCAUAAAAAUUGGUACUUAUCAAAGCCUAAAAAGAAUAUUUAUUGAACAGCCAGAAGAUGAAACUCUAGCUGUAAAUGUGUUAUGUGGAGUUCUGUCAGGUGUGAUUUCAUCAUCUAUUGCCAAUCCUACAGAUGUCCUGAAGAUCAGAAUGCAGGCCCAAGGUAGUGUGAUACAAGGAGGAAUGAUUGGGAACUUCAUGACCAUCUAUCAAAAUGAAGGCACAAAAGGAUUGUGGAAGGGAGUGUCUCUUACUGCACAGAGGGCUGCUGUUGUUGUCGGAGUGGAACUGCCUGUCUAUGACCUUGCCAAGAAGCAUAUAAUUAUGUCUGGAUUUAUGGGAGAUACAGUCUAUACUCAUUUUAUAGCAAGCUUUACCUGUGGUUUAGCUGGAGCUCUGGCAUCCAAUCCUAUUGAUGUUGUAAGAACAAGGAUGAUGAAUCAGAGCAUCUUAAAAAAUGGAACACAAUGUGGCUACAAGAGUACUUUAGAUUGUUUGCUUCAGACAUGGAAGAAUGAAGGCUUUUUUGCGUUGUAUAAAGGAUUCUGGCCAAACUGGUUGAGGCUUGGCCCGUGGAAUAUUAUUUUCUUUGUGACAUAUGAACAGCUGAAAAACUUGGAGCUCUGACACACUGAAUAUUGAAAAAAUUAUAUCCUUGCACCAAUGAAAUCAUUCUUCAAGUGCUCUUCAGUUUUUUAUUCAAUUGCAUACUGCAAUAUAGAGAAAUAGCAAAUAUUAGUGCUGGAAUGUUAAAAUACCUCAAAUGUCAUUGAGACAGAAGAAAAUAGUGGACAUCAGAAUGAUAAUUUCAAGUGCUCUUGAGGGUUAUUAUAAUAGCCUGAAGUGCUGUUAUGGAGAAUUAGUCUGUUGGGGGGGAGGAGAGUUAUAAUAACAAGCUUCAUCCAGUCUCUGCUCUUGGAAAAUAGUCUAAUACCAGGAGUUAAUUUAUCUACAAUUUUGCAAACUUUUGUUUCACACCAAAGAAUAUACAGUGAUCUAAACCACACUUCACAAAGUACAGGCACAGGCUGUGCUCACAACAUCUUGCAUUCUUUUAUUUGUGUGGGGCUGGGUUUCAAACAACCUUCCCUUUUUCUCUUGGAAAAAUUAUCUUUGUUGGAAAUGCAUGAAUCAAGUACUUUAAAAAGCAUUACAAGUGAAGCACUAUGAAAGUUCUCUCAGAGACUUCUGAGUUAAGAAGAUUCAUUUAUACAUGCAGAUCAUCACAAUAUGCUGCAUUCAAGGAAUAGGUGUGCAAGAACAGCAUCAAGUUUGAUUCAGUUUCUCCAGAGAAUCUCUGGACGUUCCUGGAAAGGUGAAUAGUACAGUUGCUUUCAGAAAUGUGGACUGACUCAGGUGGGGUAAUUCCUAUCUGCAAGGUACUUAGGUAUAAGAAUUGACAUUGCUAGUCACAUGCAUAACUUGCAACAGGCCUGCAUUUCUUCUCAGGCUUGGGGAAGAUAUAGCCCAGUUUUGGAUUCCCAGCAUUAUAUAUUCAUGCAGUCCUUACAUUUAAGUAGGGUUUCUGUACACUCAAUCUUGCGCAAAAUUUCUUUCCGCAUAGGAUUAUUGUCAUUUGUUGGGUGACAUAAGAUGGUCAGAGCAUUGAAUGCAUUUUGCAGUUCAGUUACGACUCUGGAGACCAAGGUUUGAAUCUACAACCAGCUGUGGAAAUCCACUGUGUCAUACACUCUCAAUCAUACACUCUCAGCCGCAGAGGAUGGCAAAGGCAAACUCUUACUGAACAAACCUUGCCAAGAAAACUCCAUGAUAGGUUCACCUUAGAGUUGCCAUAAGCCAGAAAUGAUUUGAUGGCACACAACAGCAAUGAGAUCUUGGAUAAUCUCAGGGGAAAAAUCCACCACCACAAGAAAAAUGAAUUCUUAUUGUAGGUGAGCAUUUUUACUCUGUCUGUAAUCAGGAGUUACUUGAUUAUCUCAGGAAAGGAGUUUCAGUAGGAGAUUCUUUGAGAAAACAUCGGUAAUGUCUAGGCUAUAGGAAACACAACAGUAAAAAUGUGUAUGCUAUCAUAUUCCAAAUAAUCACAUGGAAUAUGGAAUAAUAACCUCAUCUAAGUAAAUAUGUAUAUUAGGUCAAAAGUAAGAAUAUAUAGAGGGUUUUUUGGAUGUUGUAUAAGCAAUACUCUUGUACAGAAAUUGGGGGUAUAUUUAUCUAUGCGGCAGUGAUUUCUUGAAGUAAUAAUUUGUUUUGCUUAAUUAUACAUUCCACUUAAAGCAACAAACAAUUUUAUUUUGACUUUCAGUCUUGUGUCCAGUGUUAUUAAAGAUGCAGAUAUGCACAAGCCACUUUUUACACUGA